AUGGCGUCACCUACCCUCCUCCCUGACUCAGCUCGCGCGGCCCUCGACGACGCCGUUCAAGCCGUCGCCGACGCCGUCCGCACAUCCUUUACUCCACGUGAAGGCAACACCGUCGACCCCACCACCGGGACCUCGGUCUCCAAUUUCGCUGCCAACCGUGCGUCCAAGGCCGCUCAUGCCGCCCUCUCUGAUGCCCUCACCGCGUUCGUCCUCACCACCAACAUCGAUGGAACGCCGCUCUCUACCUCCUCCUCGGCGUCUCCCUCCGACACGGUGCUCCCUCUCUCGACGUCAUCUUCUUCCUCGGCGUCGGCUCCAACUUCUUCCUCGGCUCCUUCCGCCCCGGCCGCACCGCCUCCGGCUUCAUCACCUCCGGACCCUGUGGUGUCACUCCCUCCGGCCCUGGAAGCCAUCCUCAGCUCAGCGCGGUUCCCUGGCGCCCCUCAACAACCUCUACGGCGCCCACCUGCUGCGCCGGCCCUCGGUCCCGACGCCCUCGCGGCUCUCCACGCGCAGGUCGUCUCCGUCCUCAACAUCAAGGCCCUGGUUCCCAUCACCCUCGACGUCGCUGCCGCCAACUUCACGCGCUGGCGCGGCCUCUUCCUCGUCGCCCUCAGCAAGUACGCGCUGACGGAUCACGUCCUCUCCGACGACCACCGCCCCGACCUCGCCAAGUGGUUCCAGAUGGAUUGUGUAGUCCUUGCCUGGCUAUACGGCUCCAUCUCGGCUGAUCUUCUUCAAGAGGUGAUGUCACACGACGCCACUGCUUGUUCGGUUUGGCGCGCCCUCGAGCUCCAGUUCCUCGGCAACUGCGAGCAGCGUUCUCUCAACCUUACCACCGAAUUCCGGACAUUUCAUCAAGGCGACCUCUCCGUCAACGACUACUGCCGGCGCAUGAAAACAAUGGCGGACUCCCUUAGCGACCUCGGCGACCCACUGUCCGACCGCGCACUCGUCCUCGCCACCCUCAAUGGUUUGAAUGAAAAAUUUGAUACAUUACGUAGUCUCAUAACCAUGCAGCGUCCGUUUCCGUCGAUCGCCGACGUUCGCUCGUAG